AUGGCCACUCCAGCUACUUCACAAAAAGUCCUUUCUCUCUACCGCAAAUUCAUCCGCCAUGGAAACAAGUUCUCUUCCUACAAUUUUAGAGACUACACCAUUCGUCGUUCAAGAGAUGCCUUCCGUGCCAACAUGACAGAAACAUCACCCGAAAAAAUUGCAACUUUUAUCACAAAGGCCGAGCAAGAAUUAGCUGUCGUGAAGCGUCAAGCUGCUAUCAGUCAAAUGUAUACCACAGGCGAACACUUGGUUGUUGAGGCACCACCUAAAUUCUAA